ACUAUUCUCCUCAUAUUCGACUGUGAUUGGUCAAUUUCUUAUAAGGCUCACGCCUUAAAUUCUCAUUGUAGAGACCUCGCUUUAUGGCGCUCCGAUUUGGUUCUUUGCGAUUUGACAUUUCUAAAAAUGCACCAAUCAGAACGCGAUACGAUGACCCGAGACAGGAAUCAGGUCGAGUCGGCAAAUCGAAAACUCCAUCAGUAGGAUUCCCAUUGAUUUGGCGACACUGACAGCCGGCUCGAGGUGCGUUUCCAACAGAGCGCGUUCCUCCCCGUUGAUCACCCGCCAUCUUGCCAGGUGGCAGCAGUGGGCGCUCGUACGGUGGCGAGGUAGGCGAGGAGCAGUCGUCUCGUAGGCGUCAUCAUGGUGCGUAGGCAGCAGCGUUUUUGAGAAGAGAGGUAGCAGGGGCAGUUUGUUUUGAAUCGAUCACGACGUGGGCAUCCUCUCUCGUUAUUAUGCUAAUCGGCUCGCCUAGGAGCGGCGGCGUCGUCCUACGGAGCAGCGGCAACGACGGCGCGAUGGGGCAACGCGGCAUUGGUGAACGUCGCGCUACCGAUUAAUCGUAGACUGCGGGACUGCUGCUGCUGCAUCGUGCGUUGUGGCGACUGUACAUACGCACGCACGCAAACACGGUACGUACGUAUCCGAGGAAAACACACACGCACGAUGUCGCGGGGAGGCCUUCGCCUCGUACGCAGCGCGACUCGCCGAGCCGUCGAGCGCAAGGAGAAGAUGAAGAGGAGCAACGCGGCCCUGCUAAUCGCCGCCUGCCUGCUCGCGCUCGGCGCACCGCCGAUCGGCGCGAAAAGCAUCGCGACGUUGGACGACGGCGGCGGCGAAGCGGACCGCUGCCCGGUCGAGUGCUCCUGCCUCGGCAACCUGGUCGCCUGCAGUGAGCUACAGCUAGUCGAGGCACCCAGCGGACUGCCACCAUGGACCGAGAUCCUAGAAUUGAAGGGCAACAAUAUUGCCAACUUAGAAUUCGACUCGUUACUUCAUCUAACAAAACUCAGAGAAUUAGAUAUAAGUGCUAAUAAACUCGAAGAUAACUUUACCAUUGCCUUGUCGGAUGUCGCACAAUUGCGCGAGCUUAAAGUGAAUAAAAAUCACUUGACACAAGUGCCAGAUCUUGUAUUUGUUAAGAAUAUUACUCACCUUAUGCUAUCUCAUAACUUAAUUACCGAUAUAAAUGGGACUGCGUUGCUCAGUUUGCAAGAACUUGAAUAUCUGGAUCUCAGUGGAAAUAAAAUAAGUGUCCUUCAGAGAGGAUCCUUCCUUACUCCAAAUAAACUUAAGCACCUUAAUCUAAACGCGAACAAUAUAAAAUUAAUCGAAAAUGGGACUUUCGAUAACUUAACUCGGCUGCAGGAACUUCGUCUGAACAAGAACAUUCUGACACAACUGAAAGACGUGUUCACGGGCAUGGAAAAACUGCGAAUACUGGAGAUAAACAAAAACAAUCUGCAAGAAAUACACGGGUUAACCUUCAAGAGUUUAACAAACCUAGAGGAAUUACGAUUAAGGAGAAACGAAAUCACCAAGUUAGACGCCGGGGCUUUUUGGCCGCUUAAGAAGCUGGUUCUUCUACAGCUUGACUUCAAUAUGCUAACCACUAUCAGGAAGGGUGGCUUAUUCGGACUACAAAAUCUGCAAAAGCUCACCCUGUCACAUAAUAAGAUCUCGACGAUCGAAUCGCAAGCGUGGGAUAUAUGCAGAGCGAUCACGGAGUUAGACCUGUCGCAUAACGAACUGACCUCUAUUGAGCGGGAGUCAUUCGAAUAUCUCACCAAUCUGGAGAGGCUCAAACUGGAUCACAAUCAGAUCACGUACAUCUCGGACGGAGCGUUCAAUUAUACGACAAAUCUGCGCAUUCUGGAACUCAACGCGAAUAAGGUGUCUUACAUAGUGGAGGAUUUCAGCGGCGCGUUCUCUUCCCUCAGCCAGUUAUGGAAAUUGAAUCUGGCUCACAACAAAAUCAAAUCCAUAAAUCAACACGCCUUCACCGGCUUGGUCCGCCUCGCGGAACUUGAUUUAACCGGGAACAACGUCACGACCAUUCAAGAGAACGCGUUCCUCCCGAUGUCUAGUCUGAGCAAGCUCAAGAUGAACACUCGAGCGCUGGUCUGCGACUGCGGGCUCCAAUGGUUGAGCAUGUGGUUGCGCGAGCAUCGUUACAGCGAGGCCGAGGUACACUGUGGUUACCCGCACUGGCUGCAGGAAACGUCGUUAACCAAACUGCAUCAUGCGAAUUUCACUUGCGACCAGUACCCGAAGCCACGGAUCGUCGAGGAGCCCGUGAGCCAGAUAAGCAUCAAAGGGGAUAACGUGACGUUGGUUUGUCGCGCGACCAGCACCGCGGUGGCGACGCUCCACUUCACGUGGAAGCACGACAACGUGGAGCUGGACGGUGCGAUGCUGCAGACCAGCGUCGGUUCCUCCGCGAACGGCACGACCGAGGCGUCGUCCGUCCUGCAGCUGAUCAACGUCACUCACGCUAACCAAGGGAAGUACCAGUGCAUGGUGACGAACAAUUACGGCGCCACGUACUCCGCCAAGGCCACGCUCAGUGUGUUGAUUUUCCCAUCGUUCUCCAAGAUUCCGCACGACAUACGAGUGACCGCCGGAAAAACCGCACGCUUGGAGUGCUCCGCCGAGGGGCAGCCUUCCCCGCAGAUAGCCUGGCAGAAAGACGGCGGGAACGACUUCCCGGCGGCGAGAGAGAGGCGGAUGCACAUGAUGCCGACGGACGACGUGCUGUUCAUAGUGGACGUGAAGAUGGCCGACAGCGGCGUUUAUUCGUGCACCGCGCAGAACUUGGCCGGUCUCAUCGUUGCAAAUGCCACCCUCACCAUAUUAGAGAAACCGUCGUUCGUGAAGCCAAUGGAGAACAAGGAGAUAAUGGUCGGCGACUCGAUCGUGCUGGAGUGCAUGGCGAGCGGCUCGCCGCGGCCGAAAUUGGUCUGGCGGAAAGACGACAGCCCGUUGCAGCCGACCGAGCGGCACUUCUUCACCGCCAAAGAUCAGCUGUUGAUCAUCGUCAAUACGAUACCGAGCGACGCCGGCAGUUAUGCGUGCGAGAUGAGCAACUCACUGGGCAACGCGGUCGGCCUGUCACAUCUGACGGUGAAUCCAGCUCCUCCGACCUCCAUGGUGAACGAGGACGACAUACUAAGCCUGAUAAUAAUCACCGUGGUGUGCUGCGCCGUCGGCACGUCCAUCAUCUGGGUGGUAAUCAUCUACCAGACCAGACGGCGGCUCAACUCCACGCAGAGCACCGUGACGCAGCCGACCACCACCACGGUCAUCUUGACCGUGCCGGACGCGCAGACGCAGCUGUACCUGGACACGAGCUCGCAGCACAGCAAGGACAGCGGCACUGGGGACAGCACCAACCCAAGCAACGACCAAUUGCAAUUGUGCUUGCCCGAAGAGAUCGCGACGAGUUCCGCCAACAACGAGGAGGAAAUGGGAACCAUAAACGUCGACGAUCCCCUGCUGCGCUACACGAAUCACGAGCGGCAUGAGGUGGCGAACGCCGAUUCCGCGGUGUAACAAACCGGGAGCGCCGGGGCUAACGUGAGCGAGACGAGCCGACACAAUGUUUCUCAUCGGUAAGCAGCGCGGAGGAAGAUUCUUUGCUAGCAGAGAGAGAGAGAGA